CUACACCAUAACAUAACUCAUUCAUGAAUCAUAUAAUCUCUUUCUCUUUCUCUCUCUCUCUCUCAUAAAGACAACACUGCUUCUGCUAUAACUAACUAUUUGUUGAAGUUUUUCCUCUUCUCUCUAAAAUCAGUUUUAGAAUGCCGGUGUGGUGGAGUAAAAAGUCGUCAAAGAAUAAACAAGAGCGUAAUAACAUCAACAACGAAGAAGAAGACGAUGAAGAAGAACAAACACGUGGCGGUGGUGUUCUUCAAUUCAAUUUCAUGAUGAAAUCACCGAUCAACGCUAUAAGAAACAACGGCGAUAUUAAGAAGAAGAGCAACUGUAACAAUAAGAAGAAGCCCAAGAGUUUCGAUGAAGUUUUCAAUCGGAAUUCACCGAGGACUAGCAGGGAAUUUGAUGGCGGCGCCGCCACCGAAAAGCAAGGAGUUCCGUUGCCGCUACCUGUAAACUCCGAUCAGGCUUUGGGAUCCUUUUCCGUCUCUGGUUCUAGCGUCAGUUCUUCUACCUCUUUCGAUGAUCAUCCAAUUUCACCUCAUUUCAUUUCUAAUAAUAGAGGACAAGAUGAAGUGAAGUUCAAUGUGAGGUCAAGAAGUCCAGGUCCUGCGUCAAGAGGACCUACCAGCCCUACUUCGCCUCUUCAUCCAAACGCAUCAAGAGGACCCACUAGCCCUACAUCACCUCUUCAUCCAGCCGCGUCAAGAGGUCCCACUAGCCCCACAUCACCUCUUCAUCCAAAUGCGACGAGAGGACCGACCAGCCCUACAUCACCUCUUCAUCCAAAUGCGACGAGAGGACCGACUAGCCCUACAUCACCUCUUCAUCCAAAUGCGACGAGAGGACCUACUAGCCCUACAUCACCUCUUCAUCCAAGGUUGCAGGGUUUGAAUCUUGAUUCACCUACGGGAAAGCAAGACGACGGAAGGAGUCAAUGUCACCCAUUGCCUCUUCCACCAGGAUCUCCAACUAGUCCUUCUUCCGCUCUUUCCAACACACGGUCACCGUUCGAAAACAGUAGCCCUAACCUCUCCAAGUGGAAGAAAGGAAAGCUUCUUGGCCGGGGAACAUUUGGGCAUGUUUAUCUUGGAUUCAAUAGUGAAAAUGGACAAAUGUGUGCAAUAAAAGAAGUCAGGGUUGGCUGUGACGAUCAAAAUUCAAAAGAGUGCCUCAAACAACUUCACCAGGAGAUAGAUUUGCUUAAUCAGCUUUCGCACCCAAAUAUUGUUCAAUACCUCGGGAGUGAACUGGGAGAGGAGUCACUUUCUGUUUAUUUGGAAUAUGUCUCUGGUGGUUCUAUCCAUAAAUUACUUCAGGAAUAUGGCCCAUUCAAGGAGCCUGUUAUCCAAAACUACACCAGGCAGAUUGUCUCUGGACUUGCCUAUCUACAUGGGAGAAAUACAGUACACAGGGAUAUCAAAGGGGCUAACAUACUAGUUGAUCCUAAUGGUGAAAUCAAACUAGCAGACUUUGGAAUGGCUAAACAUAUAACUUCUGCUGCCUCAAUGCUUUCAUUCAAAGGAAGUCCGUACUGGAUGGCACCUGAGGUUGUAAUGAACACAAAUGGAUAUAGCCUUCCGGUUGAUAUAUGGAGCUUGGGUUGCACACUUAUUGAGAUGGCAGCGUCAAAGCCUCCGUGGAGUCAGUAUGAAGGGGUAGCUGCCAUAUUUAAAAUUGGGAACAGCAAAGAUAUGCCUAUAAUUCCUGAGCAUCUUUCAAAUGAUGCGAAGAAUUUCAUUAUGUUAUGUUUACAGCGAGACCCAUCAGCUCGUCCAACAGCCCAAAAAUUACUAGAGCACCCUUUCAUUAGAGAUCAAUCAGCAACAAAAGCUGCAACCAGAGAUGUUUCCUCUUACAUGUUUGACGGAAGCCGAACACCGCCUGUUUUAGAGCCUAAUUCCAAUCGAAGAAGUAUAACUUCAUUUGAUGGAGACUAUGCAACAAAGUCAGCUAUUGCAGCUCCACGUACAACAAGGAGUCCAAGAGAUCACUCAAGAACGAUCACAUCUUUACCGGUAUCUCCCUCUUCAAGUCCAUUGCGACAAUAUGGACAGGAACAUAGGAGUUGUUUCUAUUCUCCUCCUCAUCCAUCUUACACAAUUUUGGGACAAAAUAGUUACACCUUGAAUGAUACACCCUCUUAUCCAGUGAGAUCGAAUGCACCGUUUACUCUUGAUCCUUGGCAUGAAACAUCUAGAUACAAAGCCCAUACACCACCUGGUGGAUCUCCAAGAAUGAGAUUCAUUUGAGUUGAUUGUAAAUACAUCCAGGUUUUCCUAGCAUGCUCUGUUGUAUGUGGUUGCACUUCAAUUUGUACUCUGAAGCACAAACUCCUGCCCAAAAGAUUUUGGUCUAUUCCUUAUACAUUGGAACCAGAUCACAUAAGAAAUGAGGGGGCCUAAGCUCUCGGUGCAUUGGACUGGGGAGACCUUGUUGUUUGUAUCAAUUUCUUGAUUACUGUAUAGGAAAUGUACUUUGUGUUUGUAGUAACUUUUAUGUUGUAUAUUGUUAGUCAAUGACAGAAAAGAAGAAAAAAAAAUUCACACCCACUUUUUUCAUUUUAUAUCAGGAUUCUACUUGAGUGGAUACGUGUAUGGUUUGGUGUCAAGACAUUAUCACAUGAGAGUGAACAAAAUUGACUUGAUAGAGCCAUUGUACCGAAUGUCCUAAAUAUCUGAGUAAAUUGUGGUUUUAAUUAUA